GGCGCGGCUCCCCGGCAGCGCUCCCCGGCGGUUCCAGGCGCUCCGCACUCCGCCACCAACAUGGGCGGCUCAGCCUCCGGGCCGCUGGACGACAGCAAGUGCGCCUACAUCCGAGGUAGGGCAGCGGCGCUGCGAGCUCCGCCGGGCCGGCUCGGAGGGACCGGGCUGCGUGAGGCUUUGCGGUGGGAGAAGCGCUGGGCUGGGGCUUGGGCGGGCGGUUCGGACGGUCCGAGGAGUGAAAACGCUGAAGUUGUGUUAAGUGUCUGCUUGUCUCGCUGUUGAAGUCUGCAGGAACAGAGCGGCAUUCUCCAGGGUGCGUCUUGGGGUGUAUUUUUGUUAAUUUGAGGGCCGGUAAUUACAAGAAUGCGUUGUGCUCUCACCUGCCUGCCCACAGCACGGCAAGCAGGUCAGGUAUUUGCCAAGGGGCCCUCUAGGUCUCCGGCACUCACAGCACAAAGAAUUCCAAACGUCAGAUGGAUGGCUUUGACCCAAAAGCAAUUGGCAGAGGUGCGCGGAUUUGUCUGCAAGGACCCUUCAGAGCUGCCCCACUGCGGGUGGCCCCCGGUCCCCUCGGAGCCACAGGGGAGCAAUCUCUGAAUUCCUUUAUUAUUCUCACAUUCCCGCAUCACCGCCAAUGUUGUGCUUCCACAGCGAGUAUUUCAGGUGCGUGUGUGAGUGAGGGCAGCCAGCAGUGCCCGAGAAGCCUGAUGCUGAAUUACUGCAGUAAAGGGAUUCAGGAGUGUGUUUAGCUGCUUCAUGGCAGGGCAGGAGGACAUCCAAGUCAGAUGUGUUGGACUGGGUGGGGGGCACUGUCAGAGGGAGGUGCCCACCCAGAGCACACUGAGCACAGCUGUGCAUUGCCCAGCCUGUCCGUGUAGAGCCAGAUCAUCAUCAAAAACCUAAUGAAAUCAUUGUCUCAAGUUUGCUGUCUUACUGGAAGUGAGAGUACCCCGCUCUCGUCUCAUUGGAAGUGAAAGUGCCCCUCUCUCGACUCUUGCUUUGCAAAAGAAUUAAUGAGGCACUUUGUGCAAAGUCAGCCCUUAAGUUAUUACCUCCAGAAGGAAAAGCAAUCAGGAGGAGCAUCCUAUACCGAAUCGCAUCCUACUCCACACGGGGCAGCAGCUCUCUCAGCCUCCUGCUGCUGCCGAGCUGGAGCAUGCAGGACUCAGUACUUGGUGCUGCCCUGUGUGUAGGUCGGGCCCCUUGCCCACAUAGGGAAGCACACUCAGCUGCUGAUUGCAGGGGUGGAACAAGAGGCAAACUUUGAGCUGUUCUUCCACGUGCAGCAGGACUGCUGCCUGCUUGCUCUCGGUAAUUGGAUUACUUGCUAUCAUAAUGUUAAUUUCGAACAGUGUAAAGCCCUCUAGGUUACUUAGAAAACUAUCAGUAAAAAAUGGGGCUGAAGGCUAAAGAGGUCGGCUGAUAUGAUCUCUUCAUCAACAUGCAUACAGGUUUAGAGGCUUUGCAAUUUCCAGAAGUCUCUUUGCCUACUUUGGCAAAAUUUCAUAGUAUUUUCUCUAGUUUCUGGACUGAGCCCCUAAAAAAAAAAAAAAAAAAAGAAAAAAGAAAGAAAGAAAAGACUUGUGGAGGAGAUAAUCCUUUGUAGGAUUUUGGUUGGACCACAUGGGAAUUACUCAGGACGGAAGGAUGCAAAUGAAAGUGAGUUUAAGGAAUCAACAGUAAUAGUUAAGAGACUGGCAGUUGGUCAUGCGAAAAGGGUUAUUAGAACAAUUUGUGCUCCCAGUUUGAUGAGGCAUGGGCUAAACCUGUGAUGGGAGGUGUUGCAUGGUUUGUCCAAUGGCAUUCAAUGGGUGUUGCACCCAACAGGGAGCGGUAUGUGCAGGUAGCAGGGCGUUAUGGACUCAGGGUGCAGUUAUGAAACUGGGGAAAAAGGUGGAAGUGCCACAAAGAAAAAGCUUAGUAGUAUGCCCUGAGAGGCUGUGCUGGAGAUUUCAAAUGGACCUGACAGAAAGUCUGCUUAGGGAUCUGUGCUUUCAGGCAGGUGCAAUCAAGGCAGCCUGUCUGACAGUGGGAGGGAAAAUGAUGAGGUAUAAUGGCUUUACGUUGGGCCAGAGGAGGUUCAGGUUUAAUGUGAGGAAAAGUUUCUUCUCAGAAAGAGCAGUGAAGCUUUGGAAGGGGCUGCCAAGGUGGUGGAGUCACUGUCCCUGGAGGUGUUGGAGAACUGUGAAGAUGUGGCACUGAGGGAUGUGGUUUAGCAGGCAUGGUGGGGAUGGAUUGAUGGUUGAACUUGAUGAUCUUAGUGGUCUUUUGCAACCUUUAUGAAUCUGAGGGAGGAAUGGCCCCACGGGACACAACAGUUUCCAUUUCUGCAGUCCCAGCAGCACGGUGGUGAACCAAGCUCUGUGCUGUCACCUUUGGUCUGUUGGGAACAAAUGUUUUUCAAUUUGGAGAAGUGGAGAGAUUUCAAAAACUCACUGCCAGCAGUUUCAGCAGGUACAUCUGAAAAGGGUGUAACGUGCAAAACAUUGAAGUUCUCCAGAGGUUGCUUUUAUGAAAGGAGCUCAUUAUAUUUGACCAUAUCCAAUCUAUCUGUUGCUAUAAAAGUCAAGCUGUCCAGAGGACAAGGCUUUGCAGUCAACUGCUUUUGAUUUGUUUGUUUCUCUAAAAGCUGUUUUUCUUCCUUCCUCUCCUCCUUUUCCAUCCUUUCUUUUCUCACUCAGGCAGACGGGCAGCUCUGGCCAAGGGGUGAUGAAUCCCAUGGGUUCCUUAUUGCUCAGGGCUUUUUUCCUUGCAGACCUCCCCACCAUCCUUCCUUCCAUCUGACAAUGAGAUCUGUUACUUAGAGUCUGCAAGACAUUUCUUUCUGGCCAUUUCCUUUGCCUAUGAGUUUCAGUGUGGUAUUAAUUAAGAUGAUAUUUUCUUUUGUACAAGGAUGAAACACUUUUGAUAUGUUCCUGCAAGAUGCAGUGUAGCUCAAAAAAAGAUGGACUCCUCUUGUUCUGUCAAGUCGUAGAGACUGAAGAGGAGCCUCCUGUACCUUCAGUGAAAAGACAAGAUAACAAGAUUUGCUGCUGGCUUGACAGGAAACCACAGGCACAGAUACCAGCAGCAGCAAGGAGAGAGAGAACUGCAGUGCCUGAUCCAAGCAAAUCCUUGCCCACAGCCAGCCAGAGAGCACGCAGCCAUGGGCAGCAGUGCUGGAAGGUGGGAGAGUAACUUGGAAUUAGUUGUGGAAAAGUUGGCCUUUCUUUGGCCAGGCGCUCAGACCGUAUAUUUGAUUUUCUGCUUUCAACUGCUGUGUAGGACCUUCUGGUUUUAAUUUGGUGGACAGCUGCAAGUCCAACAGAGUUUUGUUGAAGUCUGGCUGUACUUACUGCGUUUUCUCUCAGCCUGUUACAAGUUACGUCUCUCUGUGUUUUGGAAAUCCUCUCUCUUGUUUCCACAGGUUAGCAUAGCUGCAUAGAGUGGGCAUAAAUGCCACUUACGUAGAAUGAAAGGAAGGGAAAUGGGUGGGAAAUUCAGACUACACCGUGGACUGCACUUCUGUUUCUCAUUGUAUGCACCUUGCUAAGUUUGUAAGUUCUUGAAGGCCUUGAGAAAUGAGGUUUUGAAGAAAAAUAUGUUUGGUUUUACUUGCUUUCUGAGAAGCUUUACUCCUCUGGGAGGCUGUUGCUGUUGGAGCCAGUGGCAGAUUUUUGUCCCCCACUUUUAUAAAGUGAAGCCUGUGUUGGGAAGUAGAGCUUGCUUCUCUUUGUUUCCUGAGCUCUUUAAUUCACAGGGGCAAGAUACUUGAUCUUAGCUUUGACUGAAUGCAAGGAAAGAGCGUCGAGGGACAUGACUGAUGGGAUGUAUAUUUGCCACCCAGCUUGAGCAGCAUUUACUGAGCUCUGUAACUACCAGAUUUCAGUGCUGAGACACCAAAGCAGGAGAUAACUUUUCUGUUCAGUUUCUACUGCUCGCAUAGUCCUGCUAAUUAAUUUUCAGUGCCACUGCCAGUAGGUUUUUAUAAGUCAGCACGUAGUGCAAAUACGAGAAUUUCCUUCUUCAGAGAAGAAGCUAAAAUGUUGUGCUUGAAUUUGUCAGUAAAAAGAUUGUGAUCACUGCCUGUUCACAUCUGCGAGUGGUCUGAGGGUUUCACAAAAGCAGAAAUCUCAGCUACCCAUUUCAUGGCACGGCUCCUGCUUCUGCCAAAGCAAAUGGGAAGCCGGGUUCGGUUCCUUCCCCAUUUAGCACAAACUCUCUUCCACCAGAGCAAACCACGUUGCUUGUAGAAUUAACCCAGUGUUACAUCAUGCUUGGUACAGCUGGGUUUGGUAAUUGGGAAAGAAGAACUUGGUGGGAAAGGUCCUUACAUGGUACUGUGGGUGAAAGUAAAGCUCAGGAUGGACAGGAAGACUUGUGCUUUUCUACUGCCCAUGCAGAAGAGGCUGCGUACAGUGCUGGAUUAAGCACAGGGUAUCAACGAGAAGAGCUACGUAAGAGGGAAGGAAAAACAGAGGCUAUCAUCAAAAACUUCAGCCCACACUACAAACGCCAGUAUGCCGUGGCUUUCUGCAAGCACGUGCAGGAUGAGCUGGAGCAGCACCGCAAUUCCCAGUCCCAGUUCCUGAAAACCAGGCCCAAGUCAGAAGCUGGGACUGUCUUAUAUGAAACAGAGUUGUUGCAUUUUGCUGAGGAUGUGAAGAAGUGGAAGGACAGAUAUGUUGUUAUCAAAAAUGACUACACGGUGGAUUGCUUUGAGACCAAAGAGGCCUACCAGAAGGGACUCAGCCCCAAGCAUCACACUGUUCCUGCAGGAGGCAAAGUACUGACUUUAGAAGAAGAUUACAAUUUGCUGUCUGAUAAACAUUUUCCAGAUCCUGUUGGGUUGAGUGAGAAGGAGACUGCUCAAGCCUUCGUUCAGCUGCCAAGGGAGUUCCCAGUGUACCUCUGGCAGCCGUUUGCCCGACACAGCUACUAUUGCUUCCAGGAGCCAGAAGCCCAGAGGCAGUUCAGUGCGGUGCUGAGUGACUGCGUGAGACACUCAAACUACGAUUUUCUCAAGCAGACCACAUAUGAAGUCGAGGCGUUCUUAGAAGCCAUUCAGUUCUUCCGGCAGGAGAAGGGCCACUAUGGGACGUGGGAAAUGAUAACCGGCAGUGAAAAGGAGAUCUUGAGCAACCUUGUGAUGGAGGAGCUCCUUCCCAACCUUCAGACAAUGAUCCUGCCUAAAAUGAAAGGAAAGAGGAAUGACAGGAAGCGGGCCUGGUUUGGUUUUGUAGAAGAGGCUUAUGGCUUAGUCCAGCAGCAGGUUGCAGAAGGAUUGAGUACCUUGAAAGAAGAGUGCAGAGAUUUUGCAAAAACUCUUGAGGGCACCAUUCGCUCAGACAUGGAUCAGAUUCUGAACUCCAAGAACUUCUUAGCUGGAAAAAUCAAAGCCACUGUUUCUGAGCCUGCCCAGAAGUGCUGCGCAGAAAAUAUCCAGCCCUUCCUCACAUCCAUUUUGGAGGAGCUCAUGGGUCCUGUGAGUUCUGGGUUCACUGAAGUUCGCUCCCUUUUUGAUAAAGAAGUUAAUGAGAUCAUCCAGAACUUCCAGAAGACAAAUGAUAUCACAAAGCUAAAGGAGGAUGUGGAUCAGCUUAUGAGCCUACCAUUCAAUUCCGUGAAGAUGGAGCCCAGCUAUCUGAAAGUGAAUCUCCUCCAGGAGCUCCUUCAUGACCUCAAGAGUCGCUUCAAGGUGUAUCACAUCGACUUUGUGGUUCAGAAGACACAGAACUUCAUGCAGGAGCUGAUGGAAAACGCAGUUUAUACUUUUGAGCAGUUGUUCUCUCCGAGUUGCCAGGCAGACCCAGUGAAAGUCACAACAACCCUUGAAAAAGUCAAGCAGAGAGUGCUGAAGCAAUAUGAUUAUGACAGCAGCACUGUCCGGAAGAAGAUAUUUCAAGAAGCACUGGUGCAGAUUACUUUGCCCACAAUGCAGAAGACGUUGGCUUCAACAUGCAAACCAGAGCUGCAGAAAUACGAGCAGUUCAUUUUCGCGGAUUACACCAGCGUGAUCCAAGUAGAGAACGUGUAUGAAGAGAUUUUAUAUCAGAUACUGCUUGAAGAAACCCUGAAAGUGAUAAAAGAAGCCGCCGUUCUAAAGAAGCAUAACCUCUUUGAAGAUAACUUGAACCUGCCCUGUGAAAGCGUGUCCAGUUUAACUGACCUGAAGACCCCUUCAGGGUCAGCACAAACCACUCCUGCUAAGAAGCCUUCUACCACCAGAAUGGAAGCAUCAGAUACUGAAACCCAAAGUGAGGAGACACUCAUUGUGACUGAAAAGAUUUUGUGGGAUAAAGAUCAUGAGGAUAGAAAGCCAUCAGACAAAGAGGUGGUCAUUUCUGUUAAUAUGGAUGGUAGUCAGGCAAGCAAAAGUGAAGAAGUGGUGAUUACAGAUAUCAGUGAAAAAUGGGAGUCCCUUUCCACUACCCCUACGAAGCAAGAAUUUGCAGAGGGAAAUACUCCCUUGGAGAAUGAAAGCAUGGUGAAAGCAGACUCUGUAGGGGACACUGAGAAAAAGCUUACGACACGAGAAGAAGCUGUGGAGGAAGAAGUAGCUUCUGGGACUGAAAAUACAUUGAGAGAUGUCAGUCCUGAAAAAGAACUUAAGGUACAUGAAGGAUCAGUGGAGGAGAAGGUGACUUCUGGAAAAGAAAGCAAAGUGCAGGAAGAUGUUGAGAUAGAGCUGACUUCCCCACCUAAUAAAACAGCAGAAACAGAGAUUUUAGGAAGUGCUGAAAUGAAAAUUGAGAUAGAAAAAGGGGUUACAGAAGAACUGUCACAAAGUGAAAAUGAAGUAGGAACUGGAUUUGAAAAGGAUAGUAAAGAAAAAAGCAAGGACCAAGGAGCAAGCACUGAGAUUAGUGUUGCUUCCCAGGAUGAACACACAGGGAAAGGAGCAUCUGGGGAUAAUCCCGAGAAAGAAAGUAAGUCAGAAGUAAAGAACUGUGAACCUCUGGAUGAUGUGAAUGAGAUAAGGAACUUGCUGAUGGUAACAGUUGAAUUACCAGCUGAUACUCCACCUGAGAAGGUUGAAGAGAUGUGUGAAGCUGAGAUCAUAAAGUUGCAAGAGGAUGAAUGGAACAAUGAGAUAAGCAAAACAGCUGUGGUAGAAGUUCAAGUGAGCCAGACAGUGGUGAAUAAAGAUGCAGCAGAAUGCAUGGAGUUCAAGGAGGGGUUUUCAUCUAGCUGUGGGACAGAUGGUACCAGUGUAGGGAAUGUGUCCAAGGUGGGCCGCAGUGUGGCACAGGCAGAAUGGCUGGUGGAAAUCUCAGAUACACCUCAAGAGGUAAAGUCAGAAGUUGAGAUCAAGCAAAGCAUGUGGUACACAGAUGCAGGAGGCUGUGACAGUGAUAGAUUGCAUCCAGAAGAACACACUGAACAUGCAUCUGAGGACAAAAGAUUAAGUGGGGAGGAAGGAGGAGCAGGGAACAGUCAUGCUGGCCUGGUGGAGGUAGGGACUGAGUGCUUUUCUCAUAAGCCUGCUGAAAAUCCAGAUGCAACACAAGUGCCCAUUCUGAAUACAGAAGAGCCAAGAACAGGACUGGUAGAUGCGCCGUUUCUGUCGGUGGCAGAGCCAGGCGAGGCGAGUGCUGUACAGGUCACAGCAGGUGCUGAGCCUGAUGAGAGCAAAGGGAAGCCAGAAGAUGAGUCAUCUUCUUCACACGUGGAAAUAAAAAGCUCAGAAGUAAAUAACGUUUUCACACAAGAAAACAGGGAAGAUAGUUCUGUACAGCAAAGCCCUGAAGAGUAAGAAGCAUUUUUCAGCCCAGCCCUCUAGGAUUUAUUUGCUCCAGUAAUCCCUCUUUAAUUGUGAAUACAUACUUGAAUCUGAGCUAGAGGGAAUGGGCUGCACUGUGGUAUUACCAGCUCUUGCAGUUUUGUCACAGAUCCCUUCCUGAGUGAUGGGUGAUAGGUUUCUUUUCAGUUAUAGCCCUCUGUUUAAAACCGUAUCACUGUUGGGAAACCUCAUCUUUCACUUCAAAUUUGCUGCCUUUUAUGAUUAUAGAGAAGUUUGAAAAUAUGGCCACUGAAUACUUCCAAAGCAACUCAUCCCCGACUAGAAAGUUAUUUUAACAACGUAAUACUUAAGUGUUUUAGCAGAGGAGUAGCUCAUGGCUUUUAAAUGCAUGGAUUUGACAGUACUGUUACAAUUCUUAGGUGGUUGGUACAUAAGUUACUAUUCAGUAUUUGCAUGCAGUAUAUGGGAAAUAAAUAAAACUUUUAGUAGUCAAGCAGGACCAGAUAGUUAAUUUAGUAGGCUGCUCAAAAGAUAGACCCUGUGCAGAGGCUGCCAGCUGAUCACUUAAUUAUUUUGAAGUUUUGACAGGUAUUAAAGACAAGCAAGUGUUCUAACUUUUUUUCUUAUUGCUAUAUUUAAAAUGGGGGAAAUAUGGGAGCAGGUUUCUCAGUCCCACUCUGCACUUCUGGGUUAUUUAGCCUUCCAGAGCACUUUAUGGCUAUUUUAUUUUAUUUUAUUUCAUGGAAGGGAAAGAUGAGGAUGUUUACAGUAACUAUAACCAUUAGGCAGCAUCUUUUUAUUUUACUUCCCACCAUAAAAUAUACUCACUGAUAUCUGAUAGAGAAUAUUGGGAGUCCCGCCAUUUACACUGAUACUGACUUAGAGUUACCUGGUUCUGUAGGCCUUUUUGGAUGCAUACACAACAUCUUAAAUUGCAAUGUUUGUGAAAUAUCAUGAUCAUUGUGUAUAAUUUCUAAUACAGACAUGAACUGAAGCAAAAAUCAGCUAAAGAUUAUUCACUUUUGCUUAGAUUUUGGAGGGCAGAAUCACGUUUUGAAAGCAGUGAUUAAAAUGAGAACUGUUGCUCUUGUAGCCAGCGUAUUGUCAUCCACAUCAAAUUGUGACCUGUGCACAAAGCUGCUUGUAAGCAUUAUUUGCACACACAAUUUGAAGAGCAUGCACAAAAAAAAAAACCUUGGAAAUGAAAACAGCAGUUUAACAAAAUAGGCUUUAGAGGUCAGAGGUCAGGUUAGGGCACCUUAAAAGUUUAGCUUGAGGUUUCUGACUCUUUCUGAAUCAGUACAAGCCAGGACAGGACAGCAAGAUCAGUAAGGAAACACAGUAAGUAAAAUUUGCACCCAUGAGGACAUGGGAAUAAAUAGCAAACUGCCAAAGCUCAUCAUACUUGCUGGCACUUAACUUUAACAAGCUGUAAAAAGUCUAUUAUAUAAUGCUAUCAAAAUCUGCUAUAAUACUAACUGAGAAUGGACACUAGAGGAGCAGGCAGACAUUACUGCCUAAGUGUGCUGAGUAGAUGAACCGAGUGGAGUGUCACCACUGUAAAAUAAGCACAACUCCUGUUCCUUCCAGGAGCCAUACUGCGGUGUGCCAACAUCAGCGUCACAGAUCCUGUCCCUGCAAAAGUCCUUUGCAGUAUUAUUUCCUCCAGAUACUUGGUGCAAAAUUACUCACUUGCAGACCACUACCAGCUCUUUUUUUUUUUUUCUUUUAACAGAUCAUUAGUUACUGCACCGUGGGCUUCCUUGUUUUUCAUUUUGUAACAGCUCUGUAGUUAUGUCCUUGGUACUAAACAUUAAGUGAAGUUCAA